CGGUGGCGAUUGCGGCGACAAAAGUUCAGGCGUACAGCGCUCAGGCGCCUGUCGUCUUUCGUCUUUUGUCGCAUUUCGCACACCCGCGCGCUCCGCGAGGGCAUGACCAUGAGCCUUCCGCGAUUCGAUCCUGCAGCCAAAAGCUGCUCGCUCGAACCGCGGCCGACUCUGCCAUCGCGGCCGCAGCUGUUGAGCUCUUCGCAGAAGACUGGUGCCUCAUAUGCUGCCUCCCUGCGGAUGCUACUGGCGAGAUUGGCGGUCCGCUGUACUACAAGGAUGUGCUGACU